AUGAAGUUCUCGCUCGCAAUUGGUACCAUUUUGCUGGCUAGCAGUGCUACUGCAGCUGUGUGUCCGAUAUCUCUGCUCAAACGUGCCGGUCUCCUCAACAAGGAAGAUGAGGCUGCUUACGAUGCCGUCAAGGCAGACCGGGGUGCAGCUGAAGAUUUGUUCCAUGCCAAUCAGAAAAAGCAGUCAAAAAGAGCAGGAUCUGUCCUUAUUGGACCUCGAUCCGCUGACGGAUUGCUUGACUUGCCUUUUGGAGGUGGUUUACUGGGUGGAGUUCUUCAAGGACUUACUGGGCCAUUGCAGGCUCUCGAUAUUCCCGUCCCACAACCGCAAGGCCUCAAAGCCAUUCCAGGAGACGACCCAAGUCAUCAAUUCCAGGCUCCUGGCCCUACUGAUGUUCGUGGGAUAUGCCCAACAUUGAAUGCUCUCGCAAACCAUGGUUACAUAUCGAGAGACGGUAUUACUUCCUUCGCCGAGGCCGCGAAUGCCGUACAGAUCGGGUAUGGAUUUGACUAUCCGCUAUCAGUAUUUCUUUCAGCACUUGGACUUCUUGCUGGUGGUGAUCUGAUCACUGGUAAGUAUUCCAUUGGCGGAGCCGAUUCACGUGUUCCCAACACCAUUGGUCCGGCCCUUGGCCUAGAUAAGCACGGGGUGUUCGAAAUAGACGGAAGUAUUACGAGACAGGACGUAUAUUUUGGUAACAACGCGAAUUUCAUCCUUCAGCGAUGGAAUGAGUACGUUGAAAUUGCCGAUCAAAACGGGGGACUCUUUGGUGCAAGCACCCAGGCUCAAGAUAAAGCCUUACGAUAUGAUAACUCGCGUGCCACAAAUCCUGAAUUUUUCGCUGGUGUAAAAUGGUUUGCCGUUGCACACGCCGCACGUGUGUUUGUCUAUCAAGGCCUUCCCAACGGUACCAAUCAAGAUGUCGCGGAUUAUCAAAAUAUCGCCCCCUUUUUCCUCAACGAGACAUUCCCUGAUAAUUGGUUUCGCCGUGGUGAACCAUUUACCUUGGUUUCUACUCUAGUAGAGGCUCUCGAUCUUUUUCUUCAAGAACCACGUGAGCUCGGGGGUAAUGAAGGCCUUAACAACUUUGUGCCGUUGGAACUGGACUUGAGCACUAAGACGCCGGCACAACUGGGCUGCUUCCUGCUUGAAAAUAUCUUUGACAUCGUACCUGAUCAGGUGCAGCCUGCUAUUGCGGCUAAUUUCGAGUUGUUCUCCGCUUUCGUCAAGGGAAUUAUUGCUCCCUUCUUCACAGAUGACGGGUAUUUUAAUUGCGAUAUCAGUAGUUUUGUUGAGCCAAGCCCCAAUGCGGGGAUUGAUUCAAAUGGUAGCGUCAGUUCAUCGGGCUCGCCUGUGAAUGGCGCGUAUCCAGGUAUUGGUGUCAUUGCUCCUGGUUCCGAGCCUUCUUAA